AUGCAAGCAAAAAUUGAGCAUAUUCAGCAAGAUAAUAUUUUAAAUAAAUUUUUUUAUUUUGCUGAUUAUGAAGAUGAAUAAAGAUACAGUAAAUAUUAUUUAUAAUAACAUAACAAGAUGAUGUACUUAGUCUACAUUAUCGUGUUUUGUGUGAAUUUGAGUGUUAUUUUUAAACUUAUUUUUGACUCAGAAAUCAAAGACCUCGUUCUACUUCCUAUAUUUAUUAACCAAAUACUUGUUAUAGUUAUUAUUAUUUCGAUAAAAAAGCAAAGAGAUCUUUAUAAUAAACUUUCCUGCUUGAUUAACAUUCUAUUCGCAAUUGAAGUUUUCUUUUAUGAGAGACGCUUUAAAAGCUCCAAUCUAAAUGAUUAUUAUUAACUAUGUGGAUUCAUUAUAUAUGGGUCGCAUAAUAGUCUUAUGCUCAGUAGUUAAAUUUUAUAUGAUUCUCUUGGAUUAGUUAUCAAUUUCUCAAUUUAUACUUACCAACUAUAUAAAAGUGAAAGAAUUAUUGAAGUACUGCUCAUGUGGUGCAUUAUUAUAGUUACUAUUUAUUAGAAGUUUCAACAUCAUAAAUUUACUAGAUUUUUAUAUGUUUCUAUGCAACAUUAACAAGAAUGGAUAGAUGUUAUUGAAAACGUCUUACCAUCAGCUAUUAUUUCUAUUUAACAAGGCAAAUCUUCUACAAAAUCUUAAAGCUUAAAAAAUGAGCCAAUUAGUAAUUAAUAAAGCAGCUAAUUACCCUAAGAAAAGCCUAAUCUAGUCAACAAUAUAUCUUUUCAAAAAUAAAAAUAAACUAAAUCUAAUCAACAUUAGGGACAAACGCCCUCUAUUCCCUUAUAAACACUAUUAAAUGCCAAUUCAAAUCAUGAUGGAUAAUAAAUAUUUGAAAACGAGUUUGAUAAAAAUAUUUUUAAGGAGUGGAAUUUAAAUCUAGUUAAUGGAUAGAGUAAAGAAAUAUACAGCAUAAAGGAUAUGAAUUCUUUCUUUAAUUUUGCUUAAAAUGUUUUGAUUGAUACAAAGGAGCUAGUUAUGGAAACUUCUACUGCUGUAAAUGGCAAUAUUUCUUCUCCACUACAUCCAUUUGAAAUUAACAAGCAGCUUGACUAAUCAAAUUCUACAAAUAAUUAAGCAAAUGCGACUAAUCUAAAUUAAUUAAAUGGUGCUUAAAAAAUAAGUAAUAUUAGCAAUCAUGAGCAUGCAUAAAGUAACAUAAAUAUUCCUAAUUAACUAACACUAGCUCAUGUCAAUAAUAAUGGAAACAGUAUAGCUAUUUCACCUGUAAGGUACUCCUUAAAGGGGCAUACACAAACCAAUUUUUAAGAUUUGACACAAUCUAAGAUGCUCAAAAAAAUCAAUAAUAACGAAAAAAGUAAUUAAUAAACCCUAACAGAAAAUCAUCUUAAUAACUAAGGAUAGGUUUUCUCUGGUCUUGUGAGCUUGCAUGGCGAAGGAGGUAGUUCUUUCGUGACACUUUAUAAACAGCUACAAACUCUAGUUGAAGAAUAUACAUAUACAACAAAAAAACCUAAAUUUUUUAUUUGGAAGCUGAAUGGAAAAUACUAUCCACCAUAGUAAGAGAAAGGUAAUGAAUAAAAUUAACAAAAUGAAAAGAACCAUUAAGAAAAAAAUAAAGAAAAGCCCGCUAUCUCUAUACAGAUUAAAGUUUGCGGAUUUAGAGGAAAAUAUACUAGAAUCGUUUUAUGUGUAGACGACAUAUCAAUUUCUGAAAAAAUUUAGAUGUAUCAAAGUUACGAUAAAUAUAAAGAUCUAGUACUUGCAAAUGCUGCUCAUGAUUUGCGUCAACCGCUCACAGCUUUGAAUUAUACUAUUUUAGAAGCUAAAAAACUAUUUAAAAAACUAAAAAGUCAAAAUAUUUAUUCAUUUUUGUAUUAAUAUCAUCCUGAUUAAUUUUAUAUGCUAGCUGAAUUGAAUCCAGAUUUGAAUAACUUAAUUCUUAACAACUUAACAACCAGUAAAAUAAAUUAAGCAGAGACAAUAAUUUAAUAACUUCAGAAUAAUUAUUAAUUACUUGGUGUAAAACCUACUUUAGCUCCAGACUCAACUGAUUUCUAAAUGAUAUUUGAUUUGCUAGAAAUGGCAGAUGUCAGUGGAAGUAGUCUUAAAUAUUUAAUUAAUGACAUUUUAGAUCAUGCUAAAUUGAGAGAAGGUAAACUCUAGGUUAAUUUUAAAGAGUGUCUACUCUCUUAAAUAAUUUAGUUUACAAAGAAAAUGUUUGACUUCUCUUUCAAAGAAAAAGGCAUAAAAUAUAGGAUCAUAAAUUAAGCAGAUUUAGCUUCUGAUUAUAUUUGUACAGAUUAACAAAGGCUUUAAUAAGUCUUAGUAAAUUUAAUAUCAAACUCACUCAAAUUUACUCCUAGCAAUAAAUAUAUAAUACUUCAUAUAACCAAAGUUAUUAAACAAGUACAUAACAGAGAGGUAUCACUAUUAAAAAUCAGUGUUUUGGACCAAGGAUGUGGUAUGUCUAGUGAAUAAUUGCAAUAAAUUUUUAAACCAUAUGUUAGCUUUAACAAUAAUAAUUUAAACAUUGAAGGAAUAGGACUUGGAUUGAAUAUAUGCAGAUCUAUUAUUGGCUUGCUAGGACCAUAUCCUAAACUAUAUGUUAAAUCUAAAUAAAACGAAGGUACUAAAUUUUCUUUUUACAUAUACCAUCAACUUCGCAAAGGAUCAACUACCAAUAGACCAGGGAUGAAUAAAAAGCUUAGCCAAUUAGUAAACAAUACAAAGAAAACAAUUAAUGAAGGGACAAAAAAUACUAUAGACAAUACUAAAAAAGAAGGAGAAAUUAAGACUAAUAACCAUGUUACAACUUCGUUACAUAAAGGAAUAGAAAACGAUUUAGAUUAAAUAACAACAAAAAGAAGAACUUAACAUAAAAAAUUAUCUAAUUCUUUAGAAUCUUUUAAUGAUGUAAUAGAGAAAAAUAGAGUCUAAAGCAUAAUAGACAAUACAUCUAGGUCUUAUUCAUAAAUUGAAUUAAAAGAAAAUAAUAAUCAAAAUCAUAAUCAUAAUAUUGAAGAUUAGUAAAACCAUUAGUAAAUUAAAGAAACUUUGAAUGUUAUAGAUUGUAAAUAAGAUAAUAUUAGUCAUAAAUUAUCAGCGUCUAACGAUUAAGAAUAAGCUGAAAAAGAAUGUAAUUGCUUUAAUAAUAUAAACGAAAGUAUUGAUGGAGAAAACAAUACUUCUUCUGAUAUGGAUAAUUGCACAAGCGAAGGAGGCGAUGAAGAUGAUGAACGAAAUUCGAAAUUAAAUAUGACUUCAAUCAUAAUGCAGUUACCAGAUUUAGAUGAAUAACAAUCAGACUAAGAAAUUUAGUCACCUCUUUCCAAACCAUCGCGUAGAAAUUUACUCUAAAAAUAUUCGUAGACUGGCACAUUAAUAAACCCAAUAAGUACGCUCAAUACAUAAAAUACACAAUACAAUAAAAGCAGAAUUACUCCAAAACAAUCAGAUAAUAUAAAUUCUUUAAACAGUACUUUUUAAAAUGAAAAAAAAACAAAUUUAACAGAAGAUAACUCUUUUAUGAACAUAAAUACUAAUAAAAGUUUCAUCAAAGAGCCUCCAGACUUCUAUAAUUCUAAAAGAGACAUAAGCCAAGAUAAUAUUUAAGCUCCUGCUCAUAAUGUUUCAUUUAAUAAUGCUUUGUAAAGUGAUUGCUUUUUAAUAAAUAAAUAGUAAUAGUAAUAAAAUGCAGGAACUAUGAAACUUUCUAUCCAACAAAUGAAUAGUACCAAUGCAUUACCUGUUUCAGGUUAGUUCUAUCCUGCUUAGUCAAACUCUAAUAAUACUAAUAAUACUAGUUUAUAUAGUUUUAGCAAUCAGAACUAGCUAAAAAAUUCUCAAUAUGUUGGCAAUUAAAAAGAAGAAUAGCAAAAUUAACAAGAAAAUUAAGUAUAAAAUAAUAUCAUUAUGAAUUAUUUUUCAAAAUAAAAUUACAAUUUUAUUGAUUCAUAAUAUUCUUAUAGAGGGCAAUCCAAACCAGCAUACGUAAACUCUGCUUUUAUGCCUGCUGCAUCUUCACAAAUGACUAAUAAUAGCUUUAACAACACCUAUAUUCACUCAACAAAAACAGGUUCAGUGCAAAGAGUAAGCAAGAAUUUAGGGUAUCAUAGCAACAAUAGCUCUAGUAAUAAUCUAAAUAACAAUAUGAAACAAAAAUUACAAUAUAAGAAUUUACCUCCUAUACUAACUCAAUUUAAAAAAAAAUACCCUAACGCACUUAAUGAAAUGGAUCAAAGUACUGGUAGUUUUGUAGUCAAUAAUUAGAAAGAGGAAUUAUAAGUUUUGAUUGCUGAUGACGAUCCGUUCAAUAUAUCUAUUUUGAAGAUGAUGCUAAAAAAAUCAGACUAAUUUACAUUUUAAAUUAAAGACUGUAAUAAUGGAAGUGAAUCUCUAUCAGAAUUUUAAAAAAGAAACAAUCCCUCUUCCUCAAAAGCCUUUUCAUUAGUUAUAUCUGAUAUUCAUAUGCCCGUAAUGGAUGGUUUUGAAUCAACUAAGUAAAUGAGAAAAUUAAUCUAAGAGUAAAGUUUUCAAAAGACUGUUUUUAUUGGAGUGUCUGGUAUGGAUUAAGAAACUAUAGCUAAUGACCCAGACCUUAAAGAGGACUUUAAGGUUUUUGAUGUCGUAUUAUCUAAACCAUUUAACGAAUAAGAAAUUAUUAAUACAAUAAAUUAAUACUUUUUAGAUUUUUAUUGA